AUGUCCCCGGACAAGUCAGUUGGCAUUAGGUCAGGAGGGCUCACUAAGAGUUUCAGUAUUGCUUCUGCUGCUAUGACUGUUAACCAAAGCAGCUUCAGCUCCAUGUCCAUGUCCUGCAACAGUGGUGGAGGCACGGGACAGAUCAGCUGUGGUUUUGGCAGCAGGAGCCUUCACAAUCUAGGAGCAAGCAAGAGGAUUUCCAUGAGCGGAGGGUAUUGUCCUGCUAGAUCAGGAUACAGCUAUGGGUCAGGUCAAGGUGGGUUGGCAUACAGAGUUGGUGGAGCUGGGUUUUGGUUUGGAGGAGGAUGCGGUCCUGGAGGUAUUCAAGAGGUCAUGGUCAACCAACACCUCUUGGUACCUCUUAACUUGGAGAUUGACCCCAAUAUGCAGAGAGUGCGGCAGGAGGAGAAGGAUCAGAUAAAAUCCCUCAACAAAUUUGUCUCCUUCAUCGACAAGGUGCGGUUCCUGGAGCAACAAAAUAAAGUACUGGAGACCAAAUGGAGCCUCCUGAAGACCAAAAAAAUGAAAAAUAACCUUGAACCUAUGCUUGAUGGAUACAUCAGCAACACGAGGAGACAGCUCGAGAUUCUAGUUGGGGAUGUGCUGCAGCUCGGCUCAGAGCUGAAGGCUAUGCUGGAUGCUGUCGAAGACUUCAAGAACGGGUACGAAGAGGAGAUCAAUAAGAGCACGACUGCAGAGAAUGACUUUGUUUUGCUGAAGAAGGAUGCAGAUGCCACCUGCGGAAACAAGGUGGACCUGGAGACCAAGGUGGAUGCACUGACAGAUGAGAUUAACUUCCUGCGAGCCCUCUUCAAAGCAGAGCUGUCUCGGAUGCAGUCACAGAUUUCCAACACCUCCAUGGUCCUAUCCAUGGACAACCACCGAAAUCACCGAAACCUGGACCUGAACAGCAUCAUUGCAGAGGUCAAAGCGCAGUACGAGGACAUCGCUAACCGCAGCUGGGCAGAGGCCGAGUCCUAGUACCAGAGCAAGUGUGAGGAGCUACAGCUCCACUACACCAAGAUGGAGAUCUCAGAGAUGAACCACAUGAUCCAGCAGCUCCACUUGGAAAUUGAUAGUGUAAAGAAGCAGUGCACCAGUUUGCAGACAGCCAUUGCAGACGCUGAGCAGCAUGAGGAGAUGGCAGUCAAGAAUGCCAUGGCAAAACUGGAUGAGCUGGAAGAUGCUCUGCAAAAAGCCAAGGCAGACCUGGCCCAGCAGCUCCAUGAGUACCAGGAGCCCAUGAACAUCAGGUUGGCCCUGGACAUCGAGACUGCAACUUACAGGAAGCUGUUGGAGGGAGAGGAGAGCAGGCUGGCUGGAGAAGCUGUUGGUGAAAUGAAUAUUUUGCCCUGGUACAAAUCCAGAGUGGAUGCAGGACUUCAGUUUACACCAGUAUACAUGAAAGCAGAAUGUGUCCCUUCACCCGCUUACGAUAGAAACCAGGAGGUUCGAUUCCUGGAAGAGCAGAACAAGGUGCUGGAGACCAAGCAGAGCUUUCUGCACGGUCAAAACCACUGCAAGAACACCAUCAUGCCCAUGUUAGAGGCUUAUAUUGGUAACUUUUCGUGGUACAAGGACGAACGCAGCCAGCGGACGCACACCGAGAGCGAGUUUAUUGCCCUGAAGAAGGAAAUCCACCAGCUGCGGGCCCAGAUCUCAGAUAGUUUGGUGGUCAUGCAGGUGGGCAACAGCCGAGGUCUCAACUUGGAUGGCAUCAUUGAGGAUGUCAAGGCUCAGUAUGAGGAAAUCGCCCACAGGAGCUGGGCAGAAGCACAGGCUUGGUAUGAAAGCAAGCGCUGCAAGCUGGAAGCCUCCAUGGCUGACGUUGAGCAGCGUGGGGAGACAACCGUCAAGGGUACGAAGCAAAAACCCUCCGAGCUGGAGAGAGCCUUGCAGCAGACCAAGGCAGACCUGGCCCAGCAGCUCCAUGAGUACCAGGAGCUCACGAACAUCAAGCUGGUUCUGGACAUUGAGAUCGUCACCUAUAGGAAGCUCCUGGAGGGAGAGGAGAGCGGCAGCGACAUCCUGCCCACCAGCAAGCACGGGAAGCUCAGCUGCUGUUCAGACAAGCGGUGGGAGGCAAAGUCUGGCACCCAGGAGACUCAGCCCAAGUGA